UAAUCAGUUUAGGGUGAAUUAAUAUGAUUCACGAGCUGUUGCUGGCGUUAAGUGGAUACCCCGGGACGAUUUUUACAUGGAACAAACAAACAGGUUUGCAGGUGUCCCAGGACCUGCCCUUCAUUCACCCCAGUGAGACCAGUGUCCUUAACCGCCUCUGUAAACUGGGCUCAGAUUACAUACGCUUUACAGAGUUUAUAGAACAACAUACUGGCCAUGUGCAUCAACAAGAACAUCACGCAAACCAGCCCAACCAGACUGGACUUCAUGGAAUUUACUUGAGGGCUUUCUGCACUGGACUUGACUCCAUGCUGCAGCCGUACAGACAGGCCCUGCUGGACCUUGAACAAGAGUUCCUUGGGGAUCCACAUCUGACAAUAUCCCAUGUGAAUUAUAAGCUUGAUCAGUUCCAGUUACUGUUUCCAUCUGUGGUGGUGAUGGUGGAGACUAUAAAAUCACAGAAGAUCCACGGCUGUCAGAUCCUGGAGACGGUCUACAAACACAGCUGUGUGGGGCUUCCUCCUGUGCGCAUGGCCCUAGAAAAGAUUCUGGCGGUGUGCCAUGGCGUGAUGUACAAGCAGCUUGCAGCCUGGAUGCUGCACGGUUUGCUGCUGGACCAAAGCGAGGAGUUUUUUGUGAAGCAGGGGCCCAGUGCAGGAGGAGCUGCUGCCAACCAGGAGGAGGAGGAAGAGGACCUGGGACUGGGAGGCUUGAGCGGGAAACAGCUCAGAGAAUUACAGGACCUGAGGCUGAUCGAGGAGGAGCACAUGCUGGCUCCGUCUCUGCAGCAGUUCUCCCUGCGGACAGAGAUGCUGCCUUCCUACAUUCCCAUCCGAGUUGCUGAGAAGAUCCUGUUUGUGGGAGAAUCUGUCCAGAUGUUUGAAAACCACAACCACAGUCCAUCUAGAGCUGGCUCCAUCCUGAAGCACCAGGAGGACUUGUUUGCUGCUGAGCUGCACAAACUCAAACAGCAGCCUCUUUUCAGCCUGGUUGACUUUGAAAAUCUGAUUGAUGGCAUCAGGAGCACAGUGGCAGAGCAUCUCUGGACUUUGAUGGUGGAGGAGUCAGAUCUGCUUGAACAGCUCAAGAUCGUUAAAGAUUUCUACCUGCUGGGUCGUGGAGAGCUCUACCAGGUUUUCAUUGACCUAGCGCAGCACAUGUUGAAGGCACCUCCAACAGCCGUCACUGAGCACGAUGUGAAUGUGGCCUUUCAGCAGGCAGCUCAUAAGGUGCUACUGGACGACGACAACCUCCUGCCUCUGCUGCACCUCACUGUAGACUACCAGGGCAAAGACAGCAAAGAGGUGUCAGGGAGCAGAGAGGGAGCUACUCCUCCACAGGACACAUCCCCUCGCGAGGUCCCCCCCACAGGCUGGGCGGCUCUCGGCCUCACCUACAAGGUUCAGUGGCCGCUGCAUAUCCUCUUCACGCCUGCUGUCCUGGAGAAGUACAACGUUGUGUUCAGGUACCUGCUGAGUGUGCGGCGCGUGCAGUCACAGCUGCAACACUGCUGGGCUCUACAAAUGCAGAGGAAGCACCUCAAGUCCAGCCACACAGACGCUGUCAAGUGGAGACUACGCAACCACAUGGCAUUCUUGAUCGACAACCUGCAGUACUACUUGCAGGUGGAUGUGCUGGAGUCUCAGUUCUCUCAGCUGCUUCAGACGAUCAACUCCACCAGAGACUUCGAGAGCAUCAGGCUGGCCCACGACCACUUCCUCAGUAAUCUGCUCGCCCAGUCCUUCAUCCUCCUGAAACCGGUGUUCCACUGUCUGAACGAAAUCCUGGAGCUUUGUCAGAACUUCUGUGCACUGGUCAGUCAGAGUGUGGCUUCUCUCGAUGAGAGGGGAACUGCUCAGCUGGACUUCCUGGUCAAGGGCUUUAGACGGCAGUCCUUCUUACUGUUCAAAAUCCUUUCAAGUGUGAGGAAUCAUCAGAUAAACUCUGAUCUGGCUCAGCUGUUACUGCGACUAGACUACAACAAGUACUACACUCAGGCUGGAGGCACCCUGGGCAGUGUUUAAGAAGAUUAAGAUUUGGAGAAAGAGGCUAAACUCUCACACAGAAGAAAAAAAAAACUGUACAUAACUUCCACCAGUCUUGUCCUUGGCCAAAUGGCAUGCCAGGUAAAAUGAUUAGAAGGGUUAGUUCCCCCAAAAUUAUAAGAUCAUAUUUAGUCACUCACAUCUAUGGUAUCACUGUGCAGACAUGUUCAAGUGUCUCCCUCUGGAAUUUAGGAUUAUAUUUAUGGUGCUCACAGAAUACAGGUAAAAAGCAGCCUGUCAGAAGCAGACACCUCAGUGUAAACAGAUUUCAUUGGUUGGGCAGAAGGUAGCUGACCCAGAACAACCAGAGGAAGCUUAGACUGAGCUUUCAAACUGGACUGGGCUUUAGCUGUUUGAUAAGUCUGAGCUAAUUAAAGCCAUUCACAGGUUUAAUUUAAAGGAGUAGUUUUGAUAAAUGUGCUUUCUUGCCAAGUGUUGCAUUGUAACAUCACUCUCACAUGUUAAAGGUAAAGCUUCAGCCAGGAAACAGUUGGAUUAGCUUACCAUUUCCACCUGAAGCCAUAGCCAGCCAGGCUAGCUGUUUCCAGUCUUUAUGCUAGCUUCAUGUUUACCAUUUAGACACUAGUGUAGUACCUCUGUUCUCAGAACUCGGAACAUAAGCACAUUUCCCAAAACACUAAACCCUUUGAUAUUCAAGUAGCCUCCAAGGCACAAGUCCAUACUAACUUAGCAUUUAUUUAAAGCUGCUUCCUAAGAGAAUUUUCUGGAAAUAACCCUCACACAACUGGUAAAUCUGCUUUAUGAGACACAGCCCAGGACAUCUUUUCUGCAAAGACAAGUUGCUCUGUUUUAAAUGCAAAGUUUCUGUGAGCAUUACAGAUAAAUUUGUUUACUUCUACUGUACUGUGACAGAUUUUGACACCACAGCACAAAUGCCUGAUGCCAUCUGCAAGGGGAGAAUGUUCUUAUAGUUUGGCUGACCUGAUCCUUUUGACUAUAGACCCUGUGUUCCUUGUGUAAAUACUA